AUGAACUACUUCACCGCCGACCCUCAACAACAGCAGCAACAGCAACAGCAACAACAACAACAGCAGCAACAACAGCAACAGCAGCAGCAACAGCAACAACAGCAACAGCAGCUGGAGCUUAACCAACAGCUUUUAAACAACGGCGGAAGCAGUAGUGGAAGUGGUAGUAGUAGCGGAGGUGGUGGCGGCGGUGGCGGCGGCGGAAGCAGCAGUGGCGCUGGAGGUAGCAGCAGUAUUGGAUAUAUUGCUCAAGGAAGCUCGAAUCUUACAACCAACAACACAGCCCAUCCAAUCGUCAAGGAUCCACUAGCACCUGAGGACUUUAAUGAGAUCAACAAAGGCUCAAAGACUGUGGAGAUUCCAAACUUCUCAUCGUACAAGGAGAGCUUUUACACACCAAUAUUCAACCUUUGCAAUGCCAACUGGCGUCUGUUGAUCUUCCCCGAAGGAAACAACAGUCCUGGCAAUAUCUCCAUCUUCCUCGACUACUAUGACAUUGGCAUCAACCCACUGUUCGAGAAGGAUGCUGGUCUAACCCUGACGCUCAUCAAUCAAGCUGAUCCAAAGAAGAACGUCAGAAAGACAUCAAACCACAAGUUCUCAUUCAAAGGUGUCAACUGGGGAUUUGUUAGUUUCCUCAAUCUUCAAAUCCUGUUAAAGCCAGAGAAUGGCUUCCUCAUCCAAGACAAGUUGAGGAUACGUGUAGAGAUCAACUCACCAGUCACUGUAGACAACUCUGAUCCACAAAAUCAUAAGCCCUAUGGAAAGUUCUCCUACUCUUUGACCAACUUUUCACACCACUUUGAGAACUUCUAUUCUCCAACCUACUUUGUGUGUGGAUCGAAUUGGCGAAUAUAUAUCUUCCCCAACGGCUACUCUUCGCCCAACUACUUCUCUGUCUAUCUCGAUCUGCUCGAUGUCAAGUUCAAGCCACUGUUGGUCAAGCAUUUGUUCUUUGCCAUCGAGAUUGUUAACCAGAAGAACCCAGAGAAGAACUUGAAGAAGUGGGUUGACCAUGUCUAUGACGACAAGAACAUGAACUUUGGCUUCCCCAAGUUCGUCCUCUUGUCCACCUUGACCAAUCCCGACAAUGGAUUCAUAGUGGACGAUACUGUCAUCAUCAACAUUGAGUUCACAGUCAUGUCCUCCAAUUUCAUCGAAGAUCAUCAGAAUUUUGAAAUAGAGUCCAACCUAUCCAAGCCACACUGUGGAGCGUUCACAUUCCAUGCCAAGAAGAGCCAGAGCACUGACCUGAUCUUUUCACCAACGUACAACAUUGCUGGAAGCAAGUGGCAGCUGGUCAGUUACCCAUUGGAGAAUCUCACCGACUAUUUCUCAAUCUAUCUCGAUCUCGUUGACAUCAAGACGAAGCCACUACUGAGGAAGCAUAUCUCUUUUGCCAUUGAGAUUGUUAACCAACACAACCAAGCCAAGAACUUUAAGAAGUACAUAAGCAAUAUCUAUUCAUACAACUCAUUCAGUUGGUUGUUCCAAAAGUUCAUGAAGAACCAAACAUUGUUGGACCCAAAGCUUGGCUUCAUCAAGGAUGACAUCAUCAUCAUCAAUGUCGAGCUGAUCACGGUUUCCAGUGACUUUUUGAAACCAAUUCCAUUCAAGUACCAAGUGGCACCACCCAUCGAAUCACCCAGGUGCAUUGAACCUGCUCAGACCAUGUUUGUCGAUGAGAGUGCACAGCAUCUACUCCCUGUUGGUGAGCAGGUAUCAAAUGGCUUCCACUAUGAGAUCACAGACUUCUCCACUCUUGACAAGAGUUUCUACUCGCCAGUAUUCUCCUUGAACAACACAAAGUGGAGGUUCUAUGUGUUCCCAAAGGGCAACAGUGCACCCAACUUCUUCUCCCUCUACCUGGACUAUGUUGAUCCAAAGAUCAAUCCAAAGACCAGACAGUACAUUUGCUUCGUGCUAGAGAUUGUCAACAAGAAGAACCCUGCCAAGUCAGAGAGGAAGUACUCCUUCCAUACAUUCUGCUACAGCAGCGUCAAUUGGGGAUUCAAGAAGUUUAUAUCAUUGGAGAGCUUAAAGGAUGGCACAUCUGGAUUCCUUGACAAUGACUCUAUCACCGUCCGUGUCACUAUCUACUUCUUGGCUCAAAGCACUCUGGAUACUGAGCAUCUCUUGUCAUAUUCUCAUGAGAGAUCCAAACACUUCCAACUUUACAGCAACGACAAUGUAGAGAGCUUGUCCCCAGAGGUGCUAAAGAAACAAAAGAUGGAUGAGGAGCAGUACUACUAUCACACGAUCAAAUUGACAAUGGACUCUGACUUUGAGGCGGGCACCUCGUUUGACCUUGUCGACUUUGCCAAUCACACACCCAUCAAGAUCAGAAAGACGUCAACUCUACUUGAGCUAAAGGUAGUGUAG